AUGGAUGUCGAUGCGCCCCUAUUCAACCCUGCCAAGAGACGGAAGUUCAUGCGCCGACGAGCUGACGAUACGAGACCCGAAAACGAAGCAGAAGCGAAGGCAUCAACCGUGAUUGCGCCCGAUACACUGGCAACAUCGGCUCCAGAUGGCGUGGAAACAGACGAGACGGGAGUCGCUGAUAUAGUGCGACUUCGCAAGAACAGGGCCAAGAAGGGUGGCAUCGAGUUCUCGACGUCCCGUUCGUCACGGAGUGAUGCUCUUGUGCCGGCUGCUGAGACUGCGGCCGAGGGCCGGUUAAACGCUAUAUCAGACAGGUUUGUUGGACACUCAGGUCAAAAAGUCGAUGUUGACAAGCAUAUGAUGGCGUUUAUAGAGGCUGAGAUGGCAAAACGUCGCCAUGGGACGUUACCGUCAGAAAACAAUGAUCCUUCUGAUCCUGCAGAGAGCCAGAGCCAGUUACGGCACGGCGCGGAACAUACGCCUGCUGCAGACCUACACCUUCCACAGAGGCAGCCUGCAACUCUAGGCAAAUUACACGAGAUAGAUCUCGGACCGGACUCGAAGCUCCAGAACAUCGCUAGGACAGAGGCUGCGACCAGGAACCUUGCCAAGGGUGAUUCCGCAGCUCCCGAAGACGACGAGACGGUGAACAAAGGCAAACCGACUCGCGGCGGACGGAGGAGACGUAAUAGCGAGGAUAUAAUGCGCGAUCGACUUGUAGAAGAAGUCUUGCGCGAAAGUAAACUCGAUGUCUAUGAAGAACCCCAGAGCCACCCAGACGAGGACGAUCAGGCUGCAGAUGAUCGAAUCGCAGAUCAGUUCCGUAGAGACUUCCUAGACGCCAUUCACUCGAGAAGACGCGGAGCCCGUACCCGAAACACCAAGACGUCAAAGACGGAUGCACCACGUGGACCGAAGCUCGGGGGAAGUCGUAGUGCUAGAGCAGCUAUGCGAGAGCAGCAGAGCAAGGCUCAGAAGUAA